CAGAACUCUCAGCUACGCGAAACAAAUUCGAGUGUAAAAACGGCUAACCCAGUAAUAAAGCCAAAUACUUAAAGUAUUUGUCUAACAUAAAGACUAGCAACUAGUUGCCCAUCCUAAGUGAAAUCAAAAGUGCCAGUUACCCAACAUAAAGUGCUUUCAACUGUGGGCGUUACGAAAUUGCAUUCAAUUGCAAAAUUACAAAAUUGCAAAAUUGCAGCCGCAAAUAAUUUUCAUUGCAGACCUACAAUUGCCUAUAAAUAGCCCAAAAGAAACAAUACAGAAAAGACACCGACACAAGCCGAUGCCUGUCUAUAUACAUGCCUAUAUACUAUACAGACAAUAGGUCUUAGAGUGCAAGCCCCCCAACAAUCAGCCAGAAUAGAGCACACAAGUUUUUUAAAUAUUAGCAAAACAUUAUGGAUAAUUGGAACGUUUUGGCAGCGCAAACCUCAUCCCAGGCGAUCGGACGAGAUGAGACGGUGGUCAAGACGCGUCUGACGAUUGAGAAGCUGCCCGACAAGGUGCUGUUGCACAUAUUUUCGUAUCUGUCGCAUCGGGAGAUUUGUCGCCUGGCCCGGAUCUGUCGUCGCUGGCGAAAGAUCGCCUACGAUACGCGUCUGUGGAAGAAUGUUUCGCUGCGCCCGGAGGUGUCGGGGCUGCACGUUGGAUCUCUGGAGAUGCUGCUCUCUCUUAUAUCGGUGAGAUUCGGGCCAACACUGCGCUACAUCGAGCUGCCCAUUGAGCUGAUCACGCAUACGGUGCUACACGAACUAUCGGCCAAAUGUCCGAAUCUGACCCACAUGUUGUUGGACUUCUCAACGGCCAUGCAGCUGCAUGACUUCAGCGAGAUGCAGGCUUUCCCAACUAAGCUGCGUUACAUGUGCAUUUGCCUGUCGGAGGUGAUCUUCAUGGAAGGCUUCAUGCGCAAGAUCUACAACUUUAUCAAUGGCCUCGAGGUGCUGCACUUGGUGGGCACCUACGAGAAGUGCGAGGAGGAGGAAGAAGAGAUCUAUGAGGUUAUCAAUGUGCACAAACUUAAAUCGGCCACGCCCAAUUUGCGUGUGAUCAAUUUGUAUGGCAUCAAUUUCAUUGACGACUCACACAUUGAUGCCUUCAGCUCCAAUUGCAUACAGCUGGAGUGCCUGGCGGUUAACUUCUGCAACAAGGUGACCGGCUCCACGCUAAAGACCUUGGUGCAGCGCUCCAAGCGCCUGACCUGCCUGCUGAUGAAUGGCACCAGCUUAAAGUCCGAGUUUGUGAUGCAAGUCGAAUGGGAUAAGUGCGCGCUGCAGGAGCUGGAUAUUACGGCCACCGACUUGACCAGCGAGUGCCUGGUAGACAUGUUGACUCGUAUACCCAAUCUGAAGUUCCUGUCUGCUGGACAAAUCAAUGGAUUCAACGAUACCGUAUUAAAGCAAUGGAUGGAGCAGGGCAAUACCAGAUCCCUCAACUCCUUAGACUUGGACUCUUCGGACAACAUCACAGACGAGGGUAUGCUCAAGUUUUUACAGCGCCACGGUCACCAGCUGAGCGCCUGCUGUCUGUCCGGCAUGCCCCACAUUACAGAUCAGCUCUGGAUGAGCAUACUCCCUAUGCUGGGCAACUGCAAAAUAAUAGUAAUGGGUACGGCUGAGAAGCUGGGCGUCAAUAUACACGUGGAUCAGCUGAUGGACACAAUUGCCUCCAACUGCGGCAAUUUAGAACGUCUGGAGCUACGCUGGGAUCCGGACAACUUGCGUUUCUCUGAUAAGAGCCAGAAGGCAAUUGAUAUAUUGCGCGUGAAGUGUCUCAAGCUGCGCUGCAUGGUCCUAAGCGAUGGCCGUUACUAUGAGACCGUGAAGGCCAACUUUGAGCGCGCCGAUCGUAUCACAGUGGUUCGCACCACCACCUGCUGUCGGGUGUCGCCAUAUCAUCUGUUGCGCAACUAUAACGACUUGAUCUUCAACUAAAGACCGAGUGAUUAAUUCUCUGCAGAAGUUUAUCAUUGUUUAAUGUUGAACUGUUGGUAUCCUAGUUAUCCAUGCCGAACUGAAUCGAAGAGCAAGCAACUACCCAAAAAAAAAACCACUUUGUUCGAUUUAAGGCAAUUUGUAUUUUGGUUAACAUGUUGCAUUACAAAAUACUUGACAUUAAGUUACAUAUGCAGAUGUUCUAUAUACAAAUUUGAUACAAAUCGCUGACUUUUUAUACAUAAGCUGCCUAACAAAUUUUCAUCAAUUAGCCACUUUUUCAGUGAGCUACGGUUUCACCGAAAGCAAAAUCAAAGAUAAUUAAAUUAACUAAAAUCUUAUGGAAACCACUGACCUUAUGCAGUCAGUUCAAACUUCCAUAAAUAUUGUUGUCUAGUCAAAUUAAGCUGCAAUUGUUGAUUGCUUACAUAUUGUACUGUAUUUUAUCCGCUUUUUUCGUUUAAUUAAAUUAAGUUAGAUAGAUUUGCUAAUUUUAAUUUCUUGUAAAUUACAAUAUUAAUGCGCGCUUUGUUAACUAGUUUU